AUGAUCACGGACGUACAAUUAGCUAUAUUCUGCAACAUCCUAGGAGUUGCGUUAUUUUUCUUAGUAUUUCUCUUCCACUACAUAAAUGCGAAUUAUACAAAAUGAGGAAUGGAGAAUUGUGUCAUGAAAAGUUCUGUUUAAUAUAAUGUAAUGUCAUUGGUUACGCUGUAACUUGCAAAUGCCAGAAGUUUUAUUAUAUAUUGCAUGAUAAAUACAAGUUAUGCAAUUUUUUUCAAAAUAUA